AUGGGCUACGACACAACAGAUGCCAAAUACUGCUGCGGAUCCGUGGUGGACAAUAAACGCGGAGAUGGGAAUAGUUCAUCACCAUCUUCCCACGACGUGGCUAUCGGAGCAGGGGUCGGCCUGCCUUUGGCUGUCCUUGCUUUGGCAUCAAUCGCCUGGGCGCUGUGGGCGCGUCGGCAUUGUAAAUAUAUGCUCGCCUGGAGAGUAUGCCGGCGACCGGAGCUCAGGCGACAGGUCAAUACCGAUAUCAAUAUCCCUCGCACGGUGUAUAUCAAUCGCAUCCGGCGGAGCUCGCGCAAGCCGGGUGGUAUCGGAGUUGGACAGCAACGGGGACGCAAAAUAGCCUUCCGCCCCUAUCUCUGA